AUGUUCCGUAAUACUUUUCAGUCUGGUUUCUUGUCGAUUCUCUAUUCUAUUGGCUCCAAGCCUCUUCAAAUCUGGGACAAGCAAGUGCGCAAUGGACACAUUAAACGCAUCACCGACAAUGAUAUUCAGUCGUCAGUCUUGGAAAUCAUUGGAACCAAUGUAUCCACCAACUAUAUCGUAUGUCCUGCAUCGCCUGGCCGUACUCUGGGUAUCAAGUUGCCCUUCUUGGUCAUGAUUAUCAAAAACUUGAAAAAGUACUUUACUUUUGAAGUCACUGUAUUGGAUGAUAAGAAUGUGAGGAGAAGGUUCCGUGCUUCCAAUUAUCAGUCUACCACACGAGUCAAGCCAUUCAUUUGUACCAUGCCUAUGCGUCUAGACGAUGGCUGGAACCAAAUCCAAUUCAACCUGUCGGACUUUACUCGUCGUGCAUAUGGUACCAACUAUAUUGAAACUCUUCGAGUACAGAUUCACGCCAACUGUCGUAUUCGUCGCAUCUAUUUCUCUGACCGACUUUACUCUGAGGAAGAGUUGCCUCCAGAAUUCAAGCUCUUCUUGCCCAUCCAAAAGACAGCUUAG